UAUGAUUUGUUCGGUAGGAACUGUGCUACUAUGGCAUAAUCCAACCAAAGUAGCACAGUUCCUACUGAACAAAACAUAUUGCUAGAACGACGCCUCAGUACAAUUUUGCUUGGGUAGGCGCGCACCCCAGCUGUCAACCAAAUGAUUUGACGUUUCACAGAAUAUCGUGUUUUUUAUUUACUACGAGCGGCAAACGUAAAUAAUUAUUCAACUUUGCUGAGUUAUUCCGGAAAGAAACUCAAUCAGAGAGCUGUAGUUUGUGAAACAAGUUGGGAAGUAGCAGUGAACAAAACCUUACACCCGCUGGAGUAGAUCGAUUCGUCCCGCAGCAAUGCCGGACAUAAAAAUAACACCGCUUGGCGCGGGCCAGGACGUCGGCCGAAGCUGCAUUUUGCUAUCGAUGGCAGGCAAAAACAUAAUGCUCGACUGUGGCAUGCACAUGGGAUACAAUGACGAGCGCCGGUUCCCCGACUUCAGCUUCAUUAUACCGGAAGGACCGAUAACCAACCACAUCGACUGCGUGAUCAUAUCGCACUUCCAUCUAGAUCAUUGCGGCGCUUUGCCGUACAUGACGGAAAUGGUCGGAUACACCGGUCCAAUCUACAUGACACAUCCCACCAAGGCAAUUGCACCGAUCCUGCUGGAAGAUAUGCGCAAAGUGGCCGUGGAGCGCAAGGGUGAAAGCAACUUCUUCACGCCGCAGAUGAUAAAGGAUUGCAUGAAGAAGGUGAUCGCGGUGACGCUGCAUCAGAGCGUUAUGGUCGAUAGCGAGCUGGAGAUAAAAGCAUACUACGCCGGUCAUGUAUUGGGUGCUGCCAUGUUCUGGAUUCGCGUGGGCUCACAGUCGGUGGUGUAUACUGGCGACUACAAUAUGACGCCGGAUCGGCACCUUGGCGCGGCCUGGAUCGAUAAAUGUAAACCGGACCUGCUCAUCACCGAAAGUACGUACGCCACCACGAUCCGUGACUCGAAACGAUGCCGCGAGCGGGACUUUCUCAAAAAAGUGCACGAAUGUGUGGCCAAAGGCGGAAAGGUUCUGAUACCGGUGUUUGCCCUUGGACGUGCGCAAGAACUUUGCAUACUGCUGGAAACGUACUGGGAGCGAAUGAAUCUGAAGUAUCCCGUGUACUUUGCGGUGGGGCUGACCGAGAAGGCAAACAACUACUAUAAGAUGUUCAUUACCUGGACGAAUCAGAAAAUUCGCAAAACCUUCGUGCAGCGCAAUAUGUUCGAUUUCAAGCACAUCAAACCGUUCGACAAAGGCUACAUUGAUAAUCCCGGCGCGAUGGUGGUGUUCGCUACGCCGGGCAUGCUGCACGCCGGGCUGUCGCUGCAGAUUUUCAAAAAGUGGGCACCGAACGAAAACAACAUGGUCAUCAUGCCGGGCUACUGCGUGCAGGGUACGGUCGGGCACAAGAUUCUUGGCGGUGCGAAGAAGGUGGAGUUCGAGAACAGACAGGUGGUGGAUGUGAAGAUGUCCGUCGAAUACAUGAGCUUCAGCGCUCACGCCGACGCCAAGGGUAUUAUGCAGCUGAUACAGUUUUGCGAACCGCGCAACGUGAUGCUCGUGCACGGCGAGGCGGUCAAGAUGGAGUUUCUGAAGGAGAAAAUUAGAGAGGAAUUUAAAAUUGAAUGCUACACGCCGGCCAAUGGGGAGACGUGCACCAUCAGUACACCGAUCAAAAUACCGGUCGAGACGUCACUGUCGAUCCUGAAGGAUGAGGUGAAAAAGUACAAUGCCCAGCCACCGGAUCCAAAGCGGCGGCGCAUCAUACACGGCAUUCUCGUGAUGAAGGAUAAUAAAAUUUCGCUCAUGAGCAUUGACGAGAUAUUCAACGAGGCCGGCAUCGAUCGGCAUGUGAUAAGGUUCAUCUCAAAGAUAAAACUCGACGAUCCAGGACCGCCGAUGCGCACAAUCGAGAAACUGUACAACAUGCUGAACGAACGUCUUUCCGGCUGGACGGUGACGAUGAAUGAUAACAACUCCAUCAACGUGGAGUCAGUUAAUAUAAAAAUCGAAACGGAAGAGCAGCCCGCCGCCAUCGGAUCGGUUGGCCAGCCGAGUGUGCCCGGUAUGCACAAGAUUUGCAAUGUGAGCUGGGUUAACCAAGAUGAAGAUUUGGGUAGUUACAUUCUUGGGUUGCUGCAAAGCCUAUGAGCAAUACGAAUCAGUAUGUCCGCCAGUGAACCGAAAUAAAGGAAAUGAAAAGGCCUUUAACCAUACAAGAGGUUUCAUUGGUACA